GAGGGACAGCGAUAGGUCAUUUCGCACGUGGUGGAGUCCCAGGGUGUUUGGAAAAGCGUGUGUGGUGCGGUGCCGGCGUCGCGCUCGUCAAAGUUUUCUCUUCGUCUGGGUCGUCGGAGAGGGCUUUUUACAACGCCCCGAGCGUGCCGCCAGUUUUGACAGCAAAGCCUCAAAAUGUCACUCUGUUGCGCCAUUUCCAAUGAGGUGCCAGAGCAUCCAGUGGUUUCUCCUGUCUCGGGAUCCAUCUUUGAGAAGAGACUUAUCGAAAAAUACCUUAUUGAAAAUGGCGUCGAUCCCAUCAAUAAUAAGGAGCUAUCAGCAGAAAUGUUGAUUGACAUCAAGUCUCCAGCGGUUGUAAAGCCUAAGCCCCCCUCCGCAACUAGCAUCCCUGCCAUCCUAAAGACCCUUCAGGACGAGUGGGACGCCGUGAUGCUGCACAGUUUCACGCAGAGACAGCAACUCCAAACGGCCAGGCAGGAACUGAGUCACGCCCUUUACCAACACGAUGCUGCCUGCCGAGUUAUUGCUCGUCUGCAGAAGGAAGUCAUGGCUGCUCGUGAGGCCCUGGCAACCCUCAAACCUCAAGCUGGUGCCAUGGCUGCCCCAGCUGGAGUGCCGCAGCCGGCUGUUGCUGCCGAGGCUACUGGUGUGGCUAUUCAGCCGGCCGAACAAGCUGGUAUGACUGCAGAAGUUAUCCAGAAACUCCAAGAGAAGGCCACUGUUUUGACUCAAGAGCGUAAGAAGAGGGGUCGCACAGUACCGGAAGACCUUAUUGGUGUUGAUGCCAUUCGAGGAUUUCAUACUAUUUCUUCUCAUCCCGGUCUACACAGUGCGAGUGUUCCUGGUAUCCUCUCUUUGGAUGUACAUAGCUCUGACACAAGCAAGAUCCUCACUGGAGGAAACGAUCGUAAUGCCACUGUCUUCAACAAAGAUACAGAACAAGUGGUUGCUAUUUUGAAGGGUCACACCAAGAAAGUCACACGUGUCAUAUAUCAUCCGGAUGAGGAUGUGGUUAUCACAGCAUCCCCUGACACUACCAUCCGAGUAUGGAAUGUUCCCGUAUCUCAAACAACUCAGCUCCUUCGUGUUCAUGAUGGCCCUGUCACAGGAUUGUCCCUUCACCCAACUGGAGACUUUGUGCUGUCUACUUCUACUGACCAGCACUGGGCCUUCUCAGAUAUUCGCUCAGGAAGGCUUCUCACUAAGGUCAUUGAUCAAGCCUCCACUGGUCUUACAACAGCUCAGUUCCACCCUGAUGGUUUAAUCUUUGGUACUGGUACUGCAGACUCUCAAGUUAAGAUUUGGGACCUGAAGGAGCAAUCCAACGUUGCUAACUUUGCUGGUCAUUCUGGUCCUAUCACUGCCAUUUCUUUCUCUGAGAAUGGUUAUUACCUUGCAACAGCCGCCGAUGAUGCAUGUGUUAAGUUAUGGGAUCUACGAAAAUUGAAGAACUUUAAGACCUUACAACUUGACAAUAACUUUGAAAUCAAAGAUUUGUGCUUUGAUCAAAGUGGUACAUACCUUGCUCUUGCUGGUACAGAUGUUAGGGUCUACUUGUGCAAACAGUGGCAAGAACUUAAAGUAUUCAAUGAUCACACUGCCAUGGCUACAGGUGUUCGAUUUGGCCGCAAUGCUCAAUACCUUGCUUCAACAAGUAUGGACAGAACACUCAAGAUUUAUGCUCCUUAAUAGCCUUUAUCACUUUUUUUUGUAUCUUUUAGCGUGUGUAAAUAUUCUUAAAAAUUAUUUGUGGAACAUAACACUUCAGUGUAAUCAAGCAUUUACUCAGUCAUGAGGAGUUAGGUGUGAUUUAGAAUUCAUGAAUUAAAUAUCUGACGGCAUAUGUUGAUGCGUAGCUGUGCAUCUUGUAGCUUAUAUCGUGUUUCCCCACCACUUUUGUCUAAAUAUUGACUAGGCCAAGUAAGAUUGCCAGUUUAAUUUCUGUUUCCAUAUUUUGUUCAUCAAAAUAGCUUUUCAAUCUUUUAAUCAAUUGACUUGCAUGAAAUGAAAGUACAGAGAGAUUUUUUUUUCAAUGUAUUACUUUGUUUGCAUCUAAGCCAAAAGAAAUCAAGGAAAUUUGUCACUUGCAGAGAGAGCCUGUGGCAUAAUGUAAUGAUUUUUCUUUCAUUGCAAGUAAAAUGAAGUUUCAGGAGAGGA